AGGCUAGCAGGAACAGCCUGGUAGGGUCCAUCUCGGAUAGACGCGGAUGAUGCCAGAGCUAUGACAGGGGUUGCAGUCCUGGCACUGAGCGGUGAUCAAUUAUGGAACAACUACAGGAGGAAGUACCUGAGGUCAAGGAGGAGGAGGAGGAAGAGGAAGAGGCAGUGAUGGUGGCAAGCGGAGCCUCGGACCCAACUGGAGGACCAGACAGCUCGCUGCCUUCGAGCAGCUACACAGACCUUUCGCAGAGCUCCUCUCCUUCCUUGUCGGACCAACUGCAGACGGGCUGCGAGGACGCGGCUUUGGGAGCACUGAACGUGGAGUGCAGGGUCUGCGGAGACAAAGCCUCGGGGUUUCACUACGGUGUGCACGCCUGCGAGGGCUGCAAGGGUUUCUUCCGCCGGACGAUCCGCAUGAAGCUGGAGUACGAGAAGUGUGAGCGGAGCUGCAAGAUUCAGAAAAAGAAUCGGAACAAGUGUCAGUACUGCCGCUUCCAGAAAUGCCUCUCGCUGGGCAUGUCACAUAACGCAAUCCGCUUUGGCCGCAUGCCGGAGGCAGAGAAGAGGAAGCUGGUGGCGGGGCUGACGGCGAGUGAGAUCAGCUGCCAGAACCCGCAGGUGGCCGACCUGAAAGCUUUCUCCAAGCACAUUUACAACGCCUACCUGAAGAAUUUCAACAUGACCAAAAAGAAGGCGAGAGGUAUCUUGACCGGGAAGGCCAGCGGCACCCCACCUUUUGUGAUCCAUGACAUCGACACCUUGUGGCAGGGAGAGAAGGGGCUGGUGGGGGAGGAGGUCCGGUAAAAGGAGUUGGGGGGGCACGUCUGCUCCCCCUGCCAGUGCACCACGGUGGAGACCGUGCGGGAGCUCACCGAGUUCGCCAAGAGCAUCCCCAGCUUCAUUGGCCUCUACUUGAACGACCAAGUGACUCUGCUCAAGUACGGGGUGCACGAGGCCAUCUUCACUAUGCUGGCCUCCAUCAUGAACAAAGAUGGGCUGUUGGUGGCCAACGGGAACGGUUUCGUGACCCGCGAGUUCCUGCGUAGCCUGCGCAAGCCCUUCAACGAGAUCAUGGAGCCCAAAUUUGAGUUUGCUGUGAAGUUCAACGCGCUGGAGCUGGAUGACAGUGACCUGUCUCUGUUCGUGGCUGCCAUCAUCCUGUGCGGAGACCGUCCUGGCCUGAUGAACGUGAAGCAGGUGGAGGAGAUCCAAGACAACAUCCUGCGAGCGCUGGAGUUCCACCUGCAGUCCAACCACCCCGAUGCCCAGUACCUCUUCCCCAAGCUGCUGCAGAAGAUGGCAGACCUGCGGCAGCUGGUGACGGAGCACACGCAGCUGGUGCAGAAGAUCAAGAAGACGGAGACGGAGACAUCUCUGCACCCGCUCCUGCAAGAGAUCUACAAGGACAUGUACUAA